GUCACGUGUUUUUCUCCUCGGAGUGAGACGGAGUGUCGGCGGCUAGAGGGGGCUGGCCUCAUAAACGCAGACGCAGCCGAUUGUUUUGGUUUCGGGGGCUUUUCAAUAAAAGUCCGCGGAGCUGCGAGUCCUGCGGCAGGAGCACCUCGCCGUCCACAGUCAAAGGAGCGCAAGCGCUAAGCCCCUCGCACAGCCAUCCGGCGGUGCCCGUUUCUGCCUGGCAGCGCUGUUUUUUUUUUUUUUUGCCUCCUCCGUUGUGAAGCGCACGAGGAGGGGAAGGUGGUGGUGCAGGACGGAGGGACUUAACUGCCACCGAUAUUGCCUUCCGAGACUUCUCCGACUGGAAUGAAGAAAAGGAGGAGGAGGUGGAAGUCGCCGCCGCCGCCGCCGCGAAAAUGUGCCUCCGCCUCCUUCGCUCCUCGGGCAGCUUCUCCGCUCCGUCUGCUUUGCGCUCGACCCUGCUGCAGCCGCCUGCGUGUAUUUGGUGUGGAAAUGACACUUUUUCUGCCUAACCAGACGGGACUGAAUGAGGUCGCUCGCUCCCUUCUCCUGCGCGGGCUGGACAAGAAGAAGCGCCUGCCAUCGCGACGCUGAUUUGGGAUAUUGAUGUGUUUGUUUGCUCGUCGGAGUUCUCCACCCCGCCGCCGUGGUUCCCGCGAAGGAUAUUUUUAUUUGGCAUUUUGGGCGAGGAAGAAAACCCGGUGGCUUCCGUGGUGGUGUUGACUAGCUGGUUUCUUCUUACUGCCAUUAUUAUAUUACCAUUAUCGCUGUUGUUAUUUCAAAGGGAUUGCUGCUGUCCCUCAGGCGUCCCACGUUUCUCUCCCCCCCCCCCACCUCCUCUUGCAAAACAAGCUCUCUUCUACUCUGCCCUGCCCCGUGGAGUAUAUUUUAAUCGGCUCCUGGAAACCUCUCGGAGGGAUCACUUGAGAAGAAGGAAAGGGCUAUUUGGGAGAAGAGACGGGGGAACCCCAUCCUGCUUCUGGCGCUGGAGGAAUUUCCACCCCGCAUGGAUAAAACGAUGCCCGCUUUCCUCUGCUCGUCGGCGGCUUCUCGGACCAGUUUCUCCUGGGGCGACAUCGAAACUAGACUUUUGAAAGCUGCAUUUCUCCUGCGGAGGGUGAUUUGGGACUAAAAACUGCCACCCAAGCCCUGCUCCUGGAGCUGGGAGGAGGCUCUGGCCACUGAACAGCUGUUCUCUCCCUGCCACUCUUUCCUCCGCCACUCUGUUUUUGGAAAGGAUUUCCAGAACUAUCUUUCUGCGUCGUUUUUAUUUUUAUUUUGGAGUGAAGGAGGGGAUUUGCUGCUGCUGCUGCUGCUGCUGCGUGGAUUUCUGUUUUGUUGUUUCUUUCCGAAGCUGCUCUUUGCAGCAGGAAUUGCUGUACCUUGUUUUUUUUCUCUCUCCAGCAUGGCUAGCCCCACAGAUAAUAAUGAGGGCUUCUUCUCCGAUGUCAGGAAGGUGGGUUACUUGCGCAAACCCAAGAGCAUGCAUAAGCGCUUCUUCGUGCUGAGAGCAGCCAGUGAGUUGGGACCCGCCCGGCUGGAGUACUAUGAGAAUGAAAAGAAAUGGAGGCACAAAUCAGGGGCUCCCAAGCGCUCCAUUCCUCUGGAGAGCUGCUUCAAUAUAAACAAGAGGGCAGAUUCCAAAAAUAAACAUCUGGUGGCUCUCUACACCAAGGACGAGCACUUUGCCAUUGCUGCUGACAAUGAGCUUGAGCAAGAAAGCUGGUACCAGGCACUGCUGCAGUUGCACAACCGUGCCAAGAGCCAUCAGCACCACCACCAUCAGCACCAUCACCAUCACCACCACAGAGAUGUCACAGUGGGAGGUGGGACUUUGGGAAUGGGAGAGGCAGGGGAGGAUAGCUAUGGUGAUACGGCUCCUGGCCCAGCUUUCAAAGAGGUCUGGCAAGUGAUCCUGAAACCAAAGGGCUUGGGGCAAACCAAGAACCUGAUCGGAAUCUACCGCCUGUGCCUAACCAACAAGACCAUCAGUUUUGUCAAGCUAAAUUCCGAUGCGGCAGCUGUUGUGUUGCAGCUGCUCAAUAUCCGGCGGUGUGGCCAUUCGGAGAAUUUUUUUUUCAUUGAGGUGGGGCGCUCUGCUGUCACGGGACCAGGUGAGUUCUGGAUGCAGGUAGACGACUCGGUAGUAGCACAGAAUAUGCAUGAGACCAUCUUGGAGGCUAUGCGGGCAAUGAGUGAGGAAUUUCGGCCUCGGAGCAAAAGCCAGUCGUCUUCCAAUUGCUCCAAUCCCAUAUCUGUGCCUCUCCGCAGCAGGCAUCAUGUCAACAACCCACCCCCCAGCCAGGUGGGACUUACUCGUAGGUCCAGGACUGAGAGCAUAACUGCCACUUCUCCUGCUGGGAGUGGCGUGGGAGGAGGGAUUGGGGGCAGACCCAGCUCUUUCCGCGUCAGAGCCUCUAGUGAUGGAGAAGGUACCAUGUCCAGACCAGCUUCGGUGGAUGGAAGUCCGAUGAGUCCAAGUGCUAACCGAUCCCAUUCACAUAGGCACCGUGGCAGCUCCAGGCUUCACCCCCCUCUCAACCACAGUCGCUCCAUCCCAAUGCCUUCCUCACGCUGUUCCCCUUCAGCCACUAGUCCAGUCAGCUUGUCAUCCAGCAGUACCAGUGGCCAUGGGUCAACUUCAGACUGUCUUUUCCCACGUCGAUCCAGUGCCUCAGUCUCUGGCUCUCCCAGUGAUGGAGGUUUCAUCUCCUCUGAUGAAUAUGAAUCAAGCCCCUGUGACUUUCGCAGCUCGUUUCGUAGUGUUACCCCUGAUUCCCUGGGACACACCCCUCCUGCCCGGGGAGAUGAGGAGCUUAGCAACUAUAUAUGUAUGGUGGGGAAGGCUGCCUCAUCCUGCUGCAGUAUCACAACUCCUAAUGGUCAUUUUGCCCCCCGUGCCUGCCAUCUGCAGCAGCAAAGUCGCUACCCUGCUGUCCCAUGUUGCCUCCGACUUGGAAACGAGGAUGUAGGUGAUUUGGAAAAAAGCUUCAGAAAGCGGACACAUUCUGCUGGAACCUCUCCUACCAUCUCCCAUCAGAAGACUCCUUCCCAGUCCUCCGUGACCUCCAUUGAAGAGUAUACUGAGAUGCUUCCCUCGUAUUCUUGUAGUGGCAACAAGUUUUCUUCUUAUCGACAUUCUGCCUUUGUGCCAACCCAGUCUUACCCCGAAGAGUGUCUAGAGAUGCACCAGGUGGAGGGAAACCACCACCGGACCAACUCUGAUGAUGGCUACAUGCCAAUGUUGCCAGGAGUGGCACCUAUGCCCAGUGGAGGUAGUACAUCCAAAGGUGGGGAUUACAUGCCCAUGAGCCCCAAGAGUGUGUCUGCUCCACAACAGAUCAUCAAUCCUGGGAGAGGAGGUCGCCAUGUGCAGGCCAUGGUGGACUCAAAUGGCUACAUGAUGAUGUCUCCCAGUGGCAGUUGUUCUCCAGACAGUGGUCCCACUGGCUACAGCAAGCUAUGGAUAAAUGGGACUAAUAAUCAUACAAAACUCUCAGUCGAGAGUAAUGAGGGCAAGUUGCCAAGUGGAGGCAGUGAUUAUAUUAAUAUGUCUCCAGCCAGUGGUUCUGCUACCAGCACCCCUCCAGACUGUUACUUUACCAGCCCAGGACCUCCAGGCCCAGAAGAACCACUAGUGCAUGGUUCUGCCCAGUCCCAACAUAAACCCAUCUAUUCCUAUUUCUCCUUGCCACGUUCCUUCAAGCACAACCAACGCAAGACAGGCAAAGAAGAAAACGGCCAGAUGCAUAUGUCCUUCAGCUCUGGCCGCUUGCUUUAUGCCGCUGCUGAGGAUUCUUCUUCCUCUACUAGUAGUGAUAGCCUUGGCUGCCCUGGGGGACAAGAGGGUGGUGGGUAUUCUCUUCCCAUUAAAACACAGCCAUUGCAGCCUGCUGCUUGUACUGUGGACACAGCUGUGCGGACCAAGAAUCAUCUGGCCAGACCUACUCGUUUGUCCCUGGAUGGCCCAAAGGCCAGCACUUUGCCUCGUACUCGGGAACAGCUCCCAGAGCCCAAGAGCCCCGGAGAGUAUGUGAACAUUGAGUUUAAGCAACCAGUCUUCCCCUCACCUUUAUCCUACGGAGAGACUGGCUCCUGUUCAGAGGAGUAUAUGAAUAUGGAUUGGGGAACUGCUUGCCCAGCCAGCUUGGCCUCCAUGCAGUCAAGCCGGAGUGGGACCACCCACAGUGGCAACCGGGACUAUAUGAGCAUGCAGUUGAGUGGUGGAGCACCGUAUGUAGUCUGUGCCCACACCCCAUCACCUUCCUCCCCGGCCCUCCUACUGAGUUAUUCUGAGAAAAGCCCACCACCCAUGCAGCUGCCUUCUCCGCCUUCUCAGGCUCAGCCAAGCAAUCUGGCUGAGAUUUUACCCCAUUCCUGCUCCUCAUCUAUGAUUGGGGGCCCAGGUGCAAACAGCGCCUUUACACAUGUCAGUCUUGGUCCCAAUCGCAGCACCCAGAGUGCCAAAGUGAUCCGUGCUGACCCCCAAGGAGGUCGGCGCCGCCAUAGUUCUGAGACGUUUGCUUCUUCUGUCACUCCAAGUAGUAGUCUUGGAGCUUCAGCUCUACUCCAUGGACCAGGAGGAGGUCCUGACGAUCCAAAACGUCACAGUUCAGCCUCCUUUGAAAAUGUCUGGCUCAAGCCUUCAUCUGGGGCACUGGGAGUUGCUUCUUUGGGUCUUGGUACAGCAUCACGGAGGGAGCAAGCAACUAGCGGAACUGGGGGAGGCUUUGAGAAUGGGCUGAAUUACAUUGACCUGGACUUAGUGAAGGAUUUUAACCACAGCCAACAUCACCAUCGCAACCUCCACCCUCAGGAGAGUACUGGUCUGCUAGGAGUCAAGCAACCAUCUCAGCAGCAUCAGCCACCUAAAUCUCCAAAGCAGCCUUGUGGGAGUAACCACUUGAGUGAUGAAUUAAGUGCAUAUGCCAGCAUUAGCUUCCACAAGCAUGAGGACAUCCAGUAGAAACCAGAGACAAGAAUGAUGACCUAAACAACCUCAGAAAAAAAACCUUCUUCUUUGAACUCAUGGGUAUCCACACUUGGUUUUGUGUAUCACAACUAGGACCUCAGUCUUAGUAGAUGGGUAUGAUGCAUCCAGUUCAAUUUGUUUACUUUACACAAACCUCAGGAGUUAAUUAACUGAACUGCACAUUCUCUUUCUUUUUUUAAAAUAUUUUUUUUUGUUUGUGUGUGCCAUGCAAAAGCACUGUGACACCUGGACAAUGAGUCUAUGAUUGCUUCCUCCUUUAUCAUAGAGAUUUAACUGGCAACAGUAAACUUAUGUGCCCACCACUAUAAUAUAGUGAGAGUGGCUAUACUACUAGCUCAUCUAUGUAAAACAUAAAAAUUUAAUUUGCUGCUGAAAAACCUGUACGACAAAUCAUAAGUGUAAAUUAUUACAUACAAACUGUUAAUGUUGGUUGAAGAGUAUUACAUAUUUAACAUAGGUUUUUGAUUUAUACAUGUACUUUUUUAAUUAAAAUGUAACUUUUCCUACAGCACAUCCUUUUUGAUGUGGAACUGAGGUAUACUAUAUUCUGUUAUAAACAGAGUGGGAUGGGUGGGGGAAAUUGCUUAAAAAAGCCAUUUUAAGAAUAGCUUAGGGUACUAUUCUUUUUAAGAUUGUAAUUCAGAAUAUAUUAUAUGGAUCAAUGGCCCAUGAACCUGGAUGUAUAGUCAUAUUUACUGAUAUCAUCAAUAACUACAAUUCAGCUGAAUUCUUUAAAAAUAUAAUAUUUUUUAUUCUUCCUGUGAAACAUUAUGAAAAGGCGAAGUUAUUUGUGCAUGGUAUUUGCAAGUGUGAAUUUGAAAUUGUUGGUUGCACAGGAAAGUAGACAAUAUCAGAAAAAUAAAGCUAAGUCUUCCAUUGUACGUAUGUAUGUGUGUGCGCGCCAGCGUGCCCCCUAUAUGUGUGUGUGCGUGUGUGUGUGUUUAUAAAAUUAUA